UGUGUCAAAGUUUUUUUUUCUUCAGCAAAAAGAAUCCGCAAUUUUUGAAGUGACUGUAAAAUUGCGACAAAAUGUACCAAUUCGUGUAAAAUCAGAGUUGUUAGUGGUCGAAAAAAUUGGUAAGUUGCGAAACUUAUCCUGGAGAUACGCAGAUAAGUUUCAGUGAAGGGAAUCCAUUUCGUUGACUACGAAAGAACGGUGAAAAAACUAGGAAAAAGGCAUUGAUCAAUAAACGAAAUGGAGUUACGAAGCUUCUGGACAUCAUUUACCGGCUCGUGGAUAAUUUUGUUGUUAUGCAGCACCGUAACAAACGGUUUUUAUCUACCAGGAUUGGCUCCGGUUAACUAUUGCAAGCAUUCGGAAAUGCAAAAAUCGUGCAAGUCUGAAGUAACCCUCUACGUUAACCGCCUCAACACGGAGGAAUCGGUAAUCCCGUACGAAUAUCAUCAUUUUGAUUUCUGUCCAAUCGAUGAAGCCAAUUCGCCAGUGGAAAACCUUGGCCAGGUGGUGUUUGGGGAGCGCAUUCGUCCGGGCCCGUACAAGAUUGAAUUCCUUGAUCAGAAAACAUGUGAGAAAGCGUGCACAAAAUACUAUGUAGGCGGCGAUCCUGACAGUGACCGCAGAUUGAUGAUCCUUAAGAAGGGCAUGAGCUUGAAUUAUCAACACCAUUGGAUCGUAGACAACAUGCCGGUAACUUGGUGCUACCCAUUGGAUAAUGAUCGGCAAUACUGUAGCACAGGUUUUCCGAUGGGAUGUUUAGUUAGACGCCACCCGGAUGGGGAUGAAGGGUGUCUGGUAAAUCCAAGCUACAAUCGCGCUGGCUACUACUACCCAUUCAACCACGUAGAUCUGACAAUCACUUACCACAGUGGAGCCACAGAGGAAUGGGGCGUUGCAUUCAAACAGAACGGAGGUCGCAUUAUCUCCGUGAAGGUUGUUCCUUCUUCCAUCAAUCACAAGAAUCCAGAUCAGUUAGAUUGUUCUAGCAAGGAACCUCUUGAGAUGCCAUCUAGUGCUCUGCCAAAUGGACAAAAAAUGAACAUCACCUACACAUACUCGGUUCGCUUCGUGCAGAACAACACCAUCAAAUGGUCCUCCCGAUGGGACUACAUUCUGGAAUCAAUGCCACACACUAAUAUCCAGUGGUUUAGCAUAUUGAACUCGCUUGUAAUUGUGCUGUUUUUGUCCGGUAUGGUUGCGAUGAUCAUGCUGCGAACACUUCACAAAGAUAUCGCUCGUUACAAUCAGAUGGAUUGCGGUGAAGAUGCUCAGGAAGAAUUUGGCUGGAAACUGGUCCAUGGUGAUGUGUUCCGACCACCACGCAAGGGCAUGCUACUGUCCGUUCUUCUUGGCUCCGGCAUUCAAGUAUUCUGCAUGACACUUGUAACACUCGCCUUUGCUUGUCUGGGAUUUCUUUCACCGGCGAAUCGAGGAGCAUUGAUGACCUGUGCGAUGGUACUGUUUGUACUACUUGGCACUCCAGCUGGAUAUGUAUCGGCACGCAUUUACAAGAGCUUCGGAGGAAUCAAAUGGAAGAGCAACGUGCUGUUGACUUCGAUGUUAAGCCCGGGAAUUGUGUUCGGACUUUUCUUCGUAAUGAACUUAAUAUUAUGGAGUAAAGGAAGUUCGGGUGCCGUACCGUUUUCUACAUUGGUUGCACUGUUGGCUCUCUGGUUUGGUGUUUCUGUACCGUUAACGUUUGUUGGUGCCUAUUUUGGAUUCCGAAAGAGGUCACUUGAGCAUCCAGUACGCACCAACCAAAUUCCUCGCCAGAUUCCAGAUCAAUCAAUCUACACUCAGCCGAUACCAGGCAUCAUCAUGGGCGGAGUACUUCCGUUUGGCUGCAUUUUCAUUCAGCUGUUCUUCAUUUUGAACUCUCUGUGGUCUAGCCAGAUGUAUUACAUGUUCGGCUUUCUGUUUUUGGUGUUUUUGAUUUUGGUGAUUACUUGUUCCGAGACGACGAUCUUGCUGUGCUAUUUCCACUUGUGCGCCGAAGACUAUCACUGGUGGUGGCGAUCGUUCCUGACGUCAGGUUUUACAGCUGUUUAUCUGUUCAUAUACUGCUGUCAUUACUUUGCAACCAAGCUUCAGAUCGAGGAUGCAGCCUCCACUCUUCUGUAUUUCGGCUACACCCUGAUUAUGGUGUUUCUCUUUUUCCUGCUGACUGGAUCGAUAGGAUUCUUCGCGUGCUUCUGGUUUAUCCGGAAGAUUUACAGUGUAGUGAAGGUGGAUUAAGUAGCUAUAAUUAAACAUCUAUUCACUGGAAGUACUGCAAACUUGUCUGCAAGCGUAGGUUUAAUGUGUUUAAAAUCCGACGAAAUUAAAAGUGAAUAGGCAAAGUGACAGAACUUAAAA